AUUGAAAUAAGCAGGAUGAGUAAUAAACCAACUUUCUUUUUCUGUAAAUCCGCGGCGCAGUUGGAAGAAGGCUGCACUCUGUCUGUGCGUAUGGAAGCGACAGGAAUGUGGAAGCCGGCAGACAUUUUGAGCAUAAAAACAGAGGGAGGCAAGCGUCAGUACUAUGUGCACUUCUUGCACUUUGACAAGCGUCUGGAUGACUGGGUCGUGGAAGAGGAUCUCAACUUGUCUUCUGUGAGAUUUCCUCGCAAUUGUUCUACGGCAAAGCGAAAGUUGGCCGAUGAGGAUCUCCCCGUCGCCAAUGAGACGAUGACUAGGUCACAGCAAUCCCAACUGCCGCAGAAGUCGGUAGAUGAAAUCAAUGCCAUCAAGAAUGUUCAGUGGAUUGAGCUGGGAAAGCAUCGCAUCAAACCCUGGUACUUCUCACCAUAUCCCCAGGAAAUGUGCGCCCAGCCGUGCAUCUACUUGUGCGAGUGGUGCCUGAAGUACGUGAUGAAUGCCACAUGCCUGGCUCGCCAUUUGGUUAAGUGCAAUCUUCGCCAUCCCCCUGGCGAGGAAAUCUACCGCAAGGAUACCAUAUCCUUCUUCGAGAUCGACGGACGCCGGAGCAGGACCUACGCACAGAAUCUCUGCCUGCUAAGCAAGCUUUUCCUGGACGAAAAGACUCUUUAUCACGACACGGAUCCCUUCCUGUUCUACAUAAUGACUGUGUUCGACUCGCGCGGCUUUCAUAUUGUGGGAUAUUUCUCUAAGGAGAAGAUUAGCGACGAGAACAACUUGGCGUGUGUUUUGACUCUGCCUCCGUACCAGCGGCUGGGCUAUGGCCGCCUGCUCAUCGAGCUCAGCUACGUGUUGUCAAAGUGUGAGAGGAAGACGGGCUCGCCGGAGAAGCCGCUCUCGGACCUGGGACUCUUGUCUUAUCGCUCCUUCUGGUCCCAGGCCAUACUUGACGUACUUAUCAAUCAGAAAUACCACGAUUCGGAAAAUAAGAUUACCAUUUCUAUAAAUGACAUCUCUGAGAAAACUUCCAUCAACAUAGACGAUGUGAUCUUCACGCUGAAGGAAUUGGAACUUAUCAUGUACUAUAAGAGCCGACACAUUGUCUGCGUCAAAAGCGAUGUAGUUAAGAAUCAUCUGAAAAACAAGUCAAAGCCCCAACUUCGCAUUGAUGCCAGUUGCCUGCACUGGGUGCCCAAGGAAUGGAACAGUUCAAAAAAGCACUAGAUAUUAAACAAAACGUAUUAAUAAGCUGAAGUAAAACUCUGCCUACUUCUGA